AUGAGUCAAAGCAAAAUAGAAAAUUUUGUGAUUCUGCCACCUGGAUUUGAGCACAUAUCAUAAAUUAUUUAUGGUGAAUUGGAAGUAAGAAUUAAAAAGCUUAAUUUUUUGAAUGUCUUACAUCAUGAAGGAGAUGUUAGAAUAAGGAUGAACUUUUUUGCGGAAAAAGGGGCGAGUCACUUGCUAGUUCCUCAGAAUGCGAAAAAAGAGCUUCUUAGAUAUUUUAAAACAUCUUACAAAUAUUUGAUUGGCUGCAGUAUUUGGAAUUUUAGUCAUUAUCUAUUUGAUAUGAAUAUCCUUAAAUUAUCUGUUGUUGAUCAUAAUGAUUUAAUUUUAGGCUUUGUUGACAUCCCUUUCGAGAAUUUUUUAGAAUAAAACAUAACAGAACAUACUGAAUCUUUGUUUAAAAACUUGAAGGGGAAUUUUGCGAUAGUAUCGCCUAAGAAUCCAAAUCAAAAAAUAGGAAGCAUAGAAUUGGAAAUUAGUAAUAUUUUUGAUACAGAUAUUAGUAAAUUUGUCAAGAAGGCUGAAGCAAAAUACAAUCAAGCAGAGUUUAAAGUGAUUGAAGAUUGUGUAAUUCAAUAAAUAUUAUAAAAGUAAAGUCCCAAUAACGGAGGAGCUAUUAAUCCUUAGUAUAAUCCUUCAUUUGAAUAAACUUAAACUCUAAGUGUAAAGCCAUAGUUUCAAGAUAUGUUUGGGCAGAGAAUACCUGCUUCUUUGGUGUAAAAUAAUGAGAAUUAUGAUCCAGCAAGAUAUUCAGGAAGUAGUUUUUAUUAAUAAGAAGCAUAAAAUUAAUAGGUUUAGAUUUAAAAUAUAAACGAUUAGCAAUUAUCAGUGCAAAAUAAUCUGAAAUAAACACAAAAUUAACAGUAGAAAUAAUCAUUUUAAAAUAGUUAAUAAUAAUAUGGUAACCAUUCAAAUUAGAAGCAGUAAGCUGGCAACUAGUCUAAUUAAAAGCAGUAAGCUCAGACUUAACAUUCCUAAUAAGUUAAAAACAAUCAGACAAAUAAAAUUGGUGAAAAAAUAAAUGUAAACUAAAAUAAUUAGAGUAAUGGGAAUAUAAAUAAUUAAACUUUGAAUAAAGAUAGUACUAAUCCUAACGAUAAUGCCUUUGUUUUAUCUAGCCAAAACUCUUUAUUUAUUUAAAAAUAAAAUGAGAUGCAGUAAGAGUAAGUUAUUAAAAUGGGAGAAAUAGAAAAAACAAACAAGCAACUAGCUAAUAAACUUGAUAAGUUGGUAAAUUUAGGGGAGUAGAUAUAUGAUUAAUAUUAAGAGCAAAUUCAGUAGUAAAGAGCCUUGGAAUAGCAGAGGAUUAAAGAAGAGCAAGAGAGAAAUUUAAUUGAAAACAAAAGACUAUAGCUUCAAACUUAAAAAUUGUAGCUCAAAGAAAAAGAACUUUAAGAAUAAAAGCUAGAAAGAGAAAGGCAAGCCUAAAAAGAAAACUAAUAGCAAACAUUUAAAUCACAAUAAAAUGUAAAUAUGCAAACUUUUUAGAAGCCAAAAGAUUUUAAAUAACCCUUCCCAGUUAAUCAGUAAAUCUUCUCUAAAAAUAGACUUAAAGUGCAAAUGUUUGAGUUUAAUUGCACUGACAGUAACUUUUUGGCUAAAAUAUCCCAAAAAAAUAUUUAUGUAGAAUGCAUUCUGCCCAACUAUUUUAACUGUAAACAAGCUAACUCUGACAUCAUGAAAACUGUUUGUAAGAAUAUUUAAGAGACACUGUUUAAGUUUAAUAGCGAAAUAAACCAAAACAUAAGCAUUUUACCAGAUUAAAUAAAUGAUUUACUAAAUCAGCAAAUAGAAUUCCAAAUUAAGGCUUUUAGUAUUCCUAAAAACACUACUGAUAUUAGAAGAGACAAUAACGAUUUGGUUACUUUACUAGCAACAUCUGUUUUAAGUGUUAAGGAGUUUUUAGCUAAAAGCAGAGAUUUUAUUGGUUUGUUUCAUUUAGACAUGAAAACAAAAUUUCAAAGUGCUGCCACUCAUGAUAAAUAACAAGAAAGCAAGUAAAUGGUGAUAAAAAAAUAAGAUUUAAAGCCAAUAGAAAAAAAUAAUGAUUAAAUUGUUGGUUCUUUCAAAGUAGGAAUUUCUAUGAUUUAAGAUAAUAUAUAAUAAGGAACAAUCUACUCUUAACACCACAAGAGUGUAGCUAUGAAAAGCAUAAAUCCAUAUUAAACGUCCAACUAAUAUUCAAACUAACCUUUCUAGCAGCCUAUUUAAAUUAUCAAACAGCCUACUGUCUCCUUCUAAAUUUAUCUUAAAUUUUCUAAUCUUCUCAUUCUUAAUAACUACAUUAAUGAGUUAAAUGGAAAGAAAAUAUAUUUACAAUUUAAAGUCUAUGGGACUUUAGAAAACAUUCUAACAAAGCAAAUAGAAUACAAAAAUACUUACAUCAAUUCAUUUGAAUCAGAAUUCAUUAUGCCUUGCAACAAAGACACAAUUAUAAAAAUGAGAAAAGUUCCUCUUGUUGUUGAAGUUUGGGCGAAAAGCUAUGAAAAGUAAUAAGAUGAUCUAUUGGGAUUAAUAAAUUUAAAUCUUAGUAAGAUAUCUAAUAGUGUUUUAAAUAAAAAUAAUAACUUUAAUGAUAAUUGGUGCUCUAGCGAUAAUAAUAGUAUGAUGGUAAUUGUGUCUAAUGAAAAUUAGGAGUUCGCAUAGAUUCCUUCUAAGAGAAUCAUUGGGCAAGUAUUUACAUAGCUAGUCUUUGGAUCAGUAGGAUAGAUUACUAAAUUUAAAGAAACAUAAGCACAAAAUGUAAAUCAUUAAUCAAUUCCGGUUAAAGAUGUUGCUAGUUUUGAAUAAAAAUAAAGCAUAAAUAUGAAUUCCUAAAAUGCACAUUUCAAUUAGCAAUUACAAAAUACUAAUUUAAAUUAGUAAAUACAAAAUAUGCACCUUUCAGAUAUUCCAGAAAUAUAAAUUGUUGAUUAAUAUCUAUAGGAAAAUAUCCCAAAUCAAUUUUAAGAUGCAGAUAAAUAAGAAUAAGCUAAUUCUAAUAAAAUUCAAUAAGCUUAGGCAUAGAAAACAAAUAAAUAGAGCACAAAUAAUAAAAACAAAUUAAGUUUAAAUCAGUAUUUACCUGAGAAUAACAUGACACCAUCCGAAAUAAUUUAUUUAGAGACCUUUGAAUGUUUAAGGGUUAAUGACUUGAAGAUAAAAAACAGGAUCAGGGAAUUUGUCAACUCUUUAAGGCCUCCUUAGUAUUUUAUCAAAUAGUUUGAUUUAUUUAACUUCCUCUCUAAUCUUCCAAUUAAGUGGCCAUCACUUUAGAAUUUAGUUUACUUUUGCAAAUUUUUUGACUUUCAAAAUGUUUCAUAUUACGAAAGUGAAUUAUUCACUAAAUCUUAUAGUGCAUAUUUGCUCGUUGAAGAAUAAAUUAGGAGUUCUCUGACUUCUACCAUUCAAGCAUUCGUUGAGGUUCUACGCAUAAACAGGAUCACUAUCAUUGAAUUCGAAAAAAUUCUAAACAGCAACAGCAAAUUUGGGUACACUACUAAAGAGGAAUUACAAAACACAUUUGCACAGCUAGCUCUUGCUGGAUUAGAUUAACAACUUGUAGAAAAUAUACUUAAAUAUUUAACCAAAGAAAAAGACCAGGAAGGAGGCAAUUUGAUUAAUGUAGGGCAAAUUGUGGAUUACUUGAAAUAAUUAGAAACAUAUUCUAAGAUUAGGAAUCUUUACUAAUAUGAUGAAUAGCUUUUUAGGGAUCAAAUUAUUUAAAAUUUGAAAUAAGAAAUUGCUGUUAACAAAAUUCAAAUUGGAAUUAUUUCUGAAGAAAAGACUUAGAACUGCUUGGAAAUUGACAUAAAACUAUGCAAAGAUCUAUUUUAACAAGUUGGUAUAGAAAUGAGUUUCUGGGAAUGCUUUACUGUUUUAAAGGAAAUUUAGGAACUGAAUGGUUAGAAUACAAAUAUGAACUACGCUUUAAAGGUUCCAGUCCUUUAGUUUAAUUCUUACUUGUUAAGUUUAGAAAAUGCUAUUUUAGAAUAGCAAAAGCUGCCUAACAAUAGCAUAAAAAGUAAUGAUAGCGAAUUAAGAGAUUUAAAUAUGCUACUCAACAAAUCAUUGAUGAAAAAUAAAUAAUAAGAUAACUAAUAAAAAGAUGGAUUAAACAAUUAAUAGGAAGAAGUAAAAAAGGAACCAGAAAAGAGCGAAGAACAUUUAUUAAACUACUAAUUUAAAUUUAGUGUAGCUUCUAUGACUGAGUUGAAAAUAAGGGAAGAUUAAGAUGGAAAAAUCGUUUAUAUCAGAUAUUUACUCCCUCUGGAAGAUGAAAAUUGGAUUGAUUCAGGUAUCUUUGAGCUGAAAUACAAAAAGGAAAAUUAUUAUAGACUGGCUUUAUUUGGUACUCAUAAAAUAUUCAUUAAGAAUACAGAAAAUAUUUUGAAUGUAUUCAAAAGUAAUGACAUAUAAAUAGAGAUAAGAGAAUUGACAAAUAUAAACGAAAUAGAAAAUAAAAGCGCUUUGGAUGAUAAUUUGAUAGCUAAAACAUAAUUAACAAUAGAUAGCAUGUUGGAUUUAUUUGAAGAUGGGUCCAAUAAUUAUGUCACAAGGACCACUAUUUUAGCUCUUGAAAACUCUGAAAAUAUUCCUAUUGGUAAUAUCAACUUUAAGAUAGAGUUUAAGAAAGAAAUUGUACAGCAAGGAACUCAAAAGUACUAAGAAAUUGUCUUUGCAAAAGAACAACAAGUACAAAAACUACUUCCAAAACAAGGAUUUUUAACAGUAAAUGUGAGAGUUAGCAACAUUGAAGAGUAAUGCGUAGUCUAGUUUAAAUUAUUUAAAGAUGACACUUACCUUAAUCACCUCUUCAAGCCUAUAUAAUAGAACAAUGCAAUAGAAAAUCAGCAAUAUUUCAUCUCGAUAUCCAAGGAAGUUAUUAAAUACCUUGAGGAAGGAAGCGCUUUGGUAAGAAUUCUUGAUGAGAAUGCUUAAAUUUUAAUUGCUGAAUAUGAGUUCAAUUUAAUCAAUAUUCUAGUCAACCAAUAAAUACAAAUCAGUGAAUCAGUUUUAAAUUUAAUAAGCUAACAACCAAUUGGCUUAGAUAUUCACUUAACAUAUGAGAAACAACAAAACUAAAAAAUUCAUUGA